AUGGCCGACACCGGAAAGAAAGCCGGCGAUGACUUGGCUCUUUUAAAGUCUACCGUCGAAAACAUCAAAAAUUUGAUUUUACAACUACAAGCUUCAGCAAAAGGUCCAGAAGAUGUGAAGGAGGGGUCAUCGUCUGAAAAGAAAGAGCAACCCAAGCACGCCGAUGUUAAUGCCAUCGACCUUGCCCAUGAUUCUGCGAGCUUAAUCAAAGCACACUCGACGAAGUUGUCUCUUUUAAUUAUCAAUAAGCCUUUUACGCCUUCCGCAAUCAGUAAAGUCUUGCGAGAACUUGUGUCGGGACCUUUACCAGGCCUGGCAUCUGCCGUCGAAAUCUGCCAUGCUGCGAAAUACACCAAGGCUAUGAGUGAAGAGCUGCAAUGGAGAGUAAACAAGGUCUUGACGGAGUUAUCGACUCUGGUCAAAGCAAUUCCAUUAGAUGGAAACAUUCUGAGUGACGACAAGAAGAAUGGAACGGGAAAAUCAAGUGGGAAGGGUAGUUUGGCUUCGACAGGUGUUGUAUGGGAUGCCUGUGAUUCUGUCAUGGGUUUAAAGACUCUGGGUGUAGCAGGAUUGGCUAUGAAGAAAGCUGUAGAAUAUCGAGAUUUGGUAAAAGAUGCGCUCGAAGAACUGCAAGCAUGGGCGGAGGAAGAAUCAGAUGACGAGGAUGAGGAUGAGAACAGUGGCGAUGAAGACGAUGGAAGCAAAGACCCUCAAGAUAUCGUAGAUGAUCUCUUUGGAUCGCAACCACACAUACCCAAGGACGACCCGGAAAAGAUUCGCGAAAAGCUCGAGUCGUCGACCAAAAGAUUGAGGCUCAUAAUUUUGAUGUAUCAAGCGGUCGAGAAGAGAAGGUUCAAGACACUUCCCUAUCUGCCACAUCCUGAGUUACCUACACAACUGAAGGAGAAAUCCUCCGAGGAUCCAGGCAUUGUGGAGUGUUUAGAUGAGGUACUUGUAAGAAUGAAGAAGAUCACAAACCUCACGGAUGAUCUAGCAAGUGCAUUCUAUGACUUAGAUAGUUCUGCGAUUGACAAGCUCAUGGAUGAGACUUGGUUCACUGGUUUUGCUACAGUUGAGUUGUUGAUCAAAGACUGGGAGGGGCAGAAAGAUGAUUUCACUACUUGGGCAUACAAAUUCCAGCUGGCUAUGAAAAAGGGCUGGUAA